AUGGUUGACCCACGUUCAGCGUCCAAAGAGCCUUAUGACGAAAAGACCGGCAUUCCGGAUGUCGAAGAAACCUCGCCUUCACCAGUCGAGUACGACGAGGACACGCCCACUGAGGAAGAGUUGGCCACUCUGCGCCGUGUGCCAGGAAGCCUCCCGAUUGUGGCCUAUCUCAUCUGUGUGGUCGAGUUCUCCGAGCGAGCUUCGUACUAUGGUGUUUCGGGCCUCGUUUCCAACUUCGUCAAUCGUCCCCUGCCCGUCGGGGGCAAUGGCUACGGUGCACCUCCGCGGGGUACGCAGCAGACGGCUGGCGCCUUGGGCAUGGGCACUGUCAAGGCCAACGCCGUCAACCAGUCGUUCAGCAUGUUAGCAUACGCCCUUCCCAUGGUCUUCGGCUACCUGUCCGAUGCUCAUACGGGCCGCUUCAAGAUGAUCUACUGGGGUGUUUUCGUUUUCGGUAUCGCUCAUGUCCUGAUGGUGGGAGCGACUGCGCCCAAUCUCCUUGCCAAUGGGGGUGCGAAAGCGCCCUUCUUCAUCUCCCUGUAUAUGUUGUCGGUCGGUGCCGCCAUGUUUAAGCCCAAUGUCUCCCCCCUGCUGUUAGAUCAGAUGCCCAAUACCAAGGCGAAGAUCAAGGUGCUGUCCAAUGGCGAAAAGGUUAUCGUCGACCCUGAGGUCACGACCGAGCGUGCUAUGCUCUGGUUCUAUCUGCUUAUCAACAUUGGCGGCUUCAUGCAGGUCGCUACCUCCUACGCGGAGAAGUAUGUCGGGUGGUGGUUGGCCUUCAUCCUGCCGCUGUUUUUGUAUCUCCCGCUUCCGGCCCUCUUGUUCUGGCUGCGUAAACGUCUCGUGCUCCACCCCCCGGGCGGCAGUGACUUGCUCAAUGUCUGCCGUGUAUUGGGCAUCUGCCUCCGUGGCGGCGGUAUCUUGCGCAUUGGACGCCAUGGCUUCUGGGACGCGGCCAAGCCGUCCGUCAUCGCAGCGAAGGGACAGAACAUUCGGACUCAUUGGAAUGACCAAUUUGUGGAGGAUGUCCGCCGCACAUUCCAGGCGACCGGCAUCUUUUGCUUCUUCCCCAUCCAGUACAUCAAUGACAACGGACUGGGCAACGCGGCGAGCUUUUUGUCGACCAUGUUGACCACGAACGGCGUCCCGAACGAUGUCAUCAGCAACUUCAACUCUCUCAGUAUCAUCGCGUUUGCCCCCGUCCUCAACUACGGGUUGUAUCCCCUCCUGCGUCACUUCCACAUCCGAUAUGGUCCGGUGGCCCGUAUCACAACCGGACUGGCCCUGUCUACUAUUGGUGGCAUCGGCUACACCGUUCUGAACUACUACGCCUACAAACUCGGACCCUGUGGCAAGUAUGGCUCUUCGGACACCUGCGUGGAUGCCGACGGAGUUUCCUUGGUGGCUCCAAUCACCAUUUGGUGGAUGGCCAUUCCCUAUGCACUGGGUGGUAUCUCCGAACUCUUUGUCAAUGUCCCCGCCUACGGUAUCGCCUACUCACGCGCGCCCAAGAACAUGCGUGGCUUGGUCUCGGCUAUCAAUCUCCUCAACACCGCCGUGGCUUAUGCGAUCGGACUCGCGUGCUCAGCCGUGAUCAAGGAUCCAUACCUGACCUGGGUCUUUGGCGGUCCCUCCAUCGUCGGUGGCGUCCUCACCGUGGUUUUCUACUUUAUGUUCCGCCACAUUGACAAGGAAGAAUACGUGCUGAGCGAGAACGCCGAGGAGACACACGUCUUCGAGGGGGCUGGAAACAAAUUUACGGAGAACUCGCAUAACAAAACGACCAACCCAACCCCUGCCAUUGUCGAGAAUGAAGAGUUCGGCAUCUCGCCGAAACAGUGA